AUGAAUCCCAAAACUGAAACGUUUCAGAAAAUUAUUUUGAAUAGCAAUUUGAUUCUUAAGAUCUUCUCAUACCUUGAGAUCCAUGAGUUGAUACCUCUGGAGAGAGUCUGCAAACAGUUUCAAAAGUGUGUCAACUAUUGUUGUGAACAGCAGAAGACCUUAUCGUUCAAUAGUUUCAUUACAUUUGACCAGAACUUGCCUAACAAUGAUGUGAUUCCCUUCUUAUAUGCGUUUCCAAUCAAAUAUCUUGCGAUCCAUUCAAACCGAAAUCCUUGUCUCAUCGGUAGUAAAGAGCGGAUCCUAUGGUUGGCACAGAAGUUACCAAAUAUUGAGUUCUUGUCGAUCAGUCACUUUGAAACCAAUUUCAAAACUCUUUAUGAAAUUCUCAAAGCUUUUGAAUCAAUUGAAUUUCUAUCCAUUUGUGGUAUCAAACACUUCAACGAUCAAGAGAUGAGACAAUUGGGACAACUCUUAUCGGGAAGAAUAAUCAAACUUCUUGUAGACUGUCAUUACGAGCACAUAUCCAAUGAGAUUGAAUUGAUUCCAGAGAUGACAAGACUUAUUAAAUUGAAUAUAUUUCUUAAUGAAAGACAACAAAUCUCAGUACAGUUCCAGACCAGCGAUCAGCACACGGCCCGACACCGGUCGUCGCCGUCGAUGGCCACUCAACUCAAGUUUAUCACACUUAACGCGUGUCCGCCGGUGUUGUCCGCCAAUCAUAAGGCCGGUGAUCAGCGCGAAGAACAGAAGGAGAUCCGCGAAAUGACGUCCAGAAGGAGAGACACGUAUCAAUUGAAUGUAAAUUAUUUGAGACAAUGUUUUGGUAAUAAGUCCAACGAAGAGUUGAUGUUAUAUCUGGUUAAUGGCAAACACUGGGAUGAAUUGGAUCUUAAGCUUAGGUUUUAUAUAGUAUCACAAUUAGAGCAAUACGUGUGUCAAUCACACUUCAAAUCCUAUCAAAUACUGCCAUUUGGUUCAUCCAUUGCCGGUUUGGGAACUCCGAACAGUGACUUGGAUUUGGUAUUAGUUCCCAAAGUGUCCGGCGGACAGAUGUCUAGAGAGGAGGACCGCGUGAAGCUGAAGACACAUCUGAACCUAAUAGCGGAUCUCUUGCAAUACUCGAUACCAUUUUAUUCCCAUUUCUCGCGUAUAUUGAGAGCCAGAAUACCGAUCGUUAAGUUUGGCUUUGAUUUGGCGCCGAUAGACAUCGACCUCUCCAUCGAAUUAUCCGCACAUUCUGUCCACUCCGGGGUCUAUAUGUCGGCGUUUCUUAACUAUUGUGUUGGUCUUAAUCCCUGUGUCAGAGAUUUGAUCCUUUUGUUAAGACAAUGGGCUAAACAACACAAACUAUUAAAGCCGAAGAACUGGUCCACUCAUAUGGUGUACAAUGGAUUUACAUCGUUUCAAUUGACAGCAUUGGUGUUGUAUUUUCUGCAAAAGCAAAAGAUAGUACCACCGAUGAGACAAUUUCUCACCCCUUCAUCGCAAGCGUUCAUUCCCUGCGCUACGCAAACGUCUACUCUGGAUCUGUUGGCGCAGUUCUUCGAGUUGGUGCUCACUUUAAAGUUUGAUUGGGAGGCCAUAUCCAUACUAAACGGCACCACGUAUACAACGCCCGACCCAUCGCUGCCCAUAUGGAUGGAGAAUCCGUUUGAGACCGAACUCAAUAUGUGUCGCAAUAUACAGGCCGUGAAGUUUGACAAGUUUUUAGAGACUAUUCAACAGUCGUUGGGAAUCAUGAAACACAAAGACUAUGCGUUGAUUGACAUCUUCGACAAAGACAUGAUAAUGAAUUCACUCAACAACGGAUACAAACCCUCGAGGAUUGAUGUCGAGGGACUCUUUGACUGA